AUGUCCUCCGCCCGCGUCACCCCGCCGCCGGAAUGCAGCAUCGCCCCGCAAACCACCACCUCCGCCCCCUCCGACGCGUGCGCCGCCCUGCGCGCAUGGCACUGGGACGGCUGCCCCGCGGGCUUCUCCCCCGCCUGCAGCACCACGGACGGCGUGGCCUCGCAUACCCAGCCGAGCGUGAGCUGGAGCACCGGGUGGGAUAACAGCCUCACGCCACUGACGGCCACGGAGCGGUGGGAGACGGCGGUGGACAGAGUUCUGGAGUAUGGGUGUAGAGAAGCAGCUUGCAUCGCCUCCCUCACAACCCCCAAAAUCCUGACUUACCCCCGGGUUACAACGACAGUGCAGGGCGAAGUAACAGGCCACGCCAUCCCCGCCUCGCGCGCCGAGAUUCGCCUGGCGGGGGUAGUCUACGCGGCGGACGAUCCGCGCUCGGACACGGAGAUGCACGGGGCGCCGACGACGGUGUGGUGCGAUGCGGAGCGGUGCGCGGACGUGCCGGCGGGUAUGACUACCGAGGAGGGGCAGAGUGCGGCGACGGCGACGGUGUUGGGGGGGAUGCCCGCGGCGGACGACGGGUUUGCGCUGCGGCCGCCGCCGGGGAUGGGGGCGUUGGGGCCGUUUGGGGUGUACGCGGUCACGGCGCUGUUUGGGGCGGUGGUGUUUGCGGGGGGUGUGUUGGGGCCGUGGGGGUGGGCUGGUUGGAGGCGGAGGGGGAGGUGA